CAGGUAUGCAGCGCGCAUAAGGCUUAAUAACCAAUAAUGCAAACACACUAAUAGGAUCUGUACUGCUGAGUAGAUCCAUAAAAAUAGAACAAUCCUCGGAGGAACCAGACUGUGUCAGUCUCAUCCUUCCAUAAGCACAAGCUGCUGCUUUUUUUUUUUUCGGGAGUCGGAUAUUUUCAGAGCUCUCAAGAAAAAAAAUUCUUCUCCUGUUCUGAAGCUUGAGGCAGGAUGUGGAGGUUUCUUGCUCAGAUUCUCUUCAUCGCUGAAGUCAUGCUCUGUGCCGCCGACUCUCCUCCGAUCAGCGAGGAAACACUGAAAAGGCUUUCCGCAGCGGGAGAGCAGUAUGUUGAUGAGGAACUAAAGGGAACUUUGCUCGGAGUGAAGCAGGUGAAGGAAAUGAUGGAGAAGAAAGAAGAGAAGCACAGGCACCUGAUGGAUGCACUGAGACACAGCAGUGAUAAGAAGAAGGGGGUGAUGCAGCUGGCCAAAGAAACACAGCAAAAAGUCGAGGAAGCCGAACAACAAUGUCAAGAUUUAACCAAAUCUUCCUUUGGGGAGUGCCGACCAUGUUUGGAAGAUUCUUGUAAGGCCUUCUAUACAUCUACGUGUCGCCGCGGCUUCGCCUCUUUCUCGUUCAAGGUAGAGGAGUUUUUCAGGAAAAUGGCCACUAAGUUAGAAGAUGCCGAGCAGGUCCACAAUAAAAAUCAGGAGAAUUCAGGUGAAAAUGUCGCAGCUGAAAAGCAGGUCACAGAGGACAAAUCCAAUAUGGAGCUGCUGCAGGCUGAAGCAUCAUUCAGCGACCUGUUGUCAAACAUCAGCCUUUUGUACAACCAGAGCAUUGGUCUGGCCAAGAAGAUGCAACCCGUGUUUGGUCACGCCUUUCUAGAAACCUUUGCCACUGAGCUGCAGUCCAGCACGCUUUCGACCAGAGGGUCAAGCUCUGGCUUCCUUGGGUCGGUGGGUUUGGAGCACGUUCUUCACUCAGUGCUUGACUUUGGGAAGAGCGUGCUGGAAGGCUUCAGCGCCCCAGUGGCUGAUUUGUUUGAGGAAAUAAAAGAAGCUGAAGAGUACGUUCAGCAAUCAAGUCGAGAUACAGGCUUGUUUUCUGCAAUGGGACCGCUGCAGAGCAGAUAUAUGUGCAGAAGACUCCGCAGACAAGCAUCAGAGUGCUGGAAGCUUCAAGACCUGUGUGAGACAUGCAGGGAUUAUCUGUUAAAGGCAUGCCCCAGCGUGCAGCAGUUGCACUCUGAGAUGGAGGAGAUGUACAUGCUGCUGAAUGCCUCCCGUCAGCAGUAUGAUGGCAGGCUGCAGCUGGUCCACAGACACACAGCAGACACUCAGAUGUGGCUCAGCAGCAUGCAUGACAAGUAUGGCUGGGUCAGCCAGCUGUCCAACAGCACAGUGGACCCACACAGCAUCUUCAGUGUGAUAUUGGUGAGUCCACAGCAACAGAUAAAGAAUAACAAGCCUAAAGCAGACAGCAGUGUCACUGUCUCCAUAAUGGAUUCAGCCCCAGUAACCAUACUGGUCCCAGCAGAUCUGGAGGUGGAUGACCCUGCUUUCAUCCAAAAUGUUGCUCAAGAGGCUCUGACACUAUAUAAACGGAAGAUAAAAGGAAUGGAGUAAUGUGAUCAUACCACCAUGGGAACAGUUUCUUCAUGCAGAGUGAAGAGUCCAGGACAUUCAGGUUUUCUCGUGCACAAUUAAGCUGAUCUGUAUAAUACUUGAAAAUGCACCGCAUAGACCUCUAAACCUUCAUAUGCACAGUUUAUGUUGUUCUUAUUCAUGUAUUUUGAUGCUUAGAUUUUUAAACGUCUACGCAAUAAAACAGUGUACACUCCUCAACCUCUAUUUUGUUUGUUAUUUAUGUCACGAGUACUUUUGAAUUUAGUUUUUGAAUCGUACUUCAUAGUAUGUUUUGCUUACAGUUUUAAAUAAAUGCAAACCGUGGUUUGCAUCUCGUAAAUCUGUAAGAACAGUGAAAGGGUGACUUUUGUUCGUAUGCAUUUCUCUUAUCAAUUCAUAGUUUUCAAUCACGUGAUCGACUCACUAAUUUGGCGGUAAAGGGGCGCAGUGGUGUUUUGCCCACGUGAACCUUGCUUUGUUGCACAUGCGGAAGA